GACGCCUUUUCUUUUAACCCCUCUUCCGCCAGGAGAAAAGCAGCUCCUUUUGCGGUUGCCGAGAACCGGCGCUUCAGCUCUUUCCGCCUCGGGAGUGUCACUCGAGCGAGGAGUGAGCGGCAGCAGCGAGAGGGAGAGGAGCGCAGCGCACAGCACAGCAGAGGCGGCAGGUGUCUCCCCAGCGAACGAGCGAGCAUGGCCGGCUGGAACGCUUACGUCGACAACCUGAUGGCCGAUGGCACGUGCCAAGAUGCGGCCAUCGUGGGCCACAAGGACUCGCCCUCCGUCUGGGCCGCCGUGCCGGGCAAGACCUUCGCCAACAUCACGCCAGCAGAAGUUGGGGUGCUGGUGGGCAAGGACCGGUCAAGUUUCUACGUGAACGGGCUGACGCUGGGCGGCCAGAAGUGCUCCGUGAUCCGGGACUCGCUGCUGCAGGAUGGGGAGUUCACCAUGGAUCUGCGCACUAAGAGCACCGGAGGGGCUCCCACCUUCAACCUCACCGUCACCAUGACCGCCAAGACGCUAGUUCUGCUCAUGGGCAAGGAGGGCGUCCACGGUGGCUUGAUCAACAAGAAAUGCUACGAGAUGGCGUCCCACCUUAGGCGUUCCCAGUACUGACCCCUGCCCCCGCCCCCCUCCGGUUCCUCCCACACCCCCCAGCCGCUUCUGCACUCCUCCUGUCCCCUGGCUCCCCUCCUCUCCCGACC